UCUUCUGUCUCUAAGUUCCGACGAUAGAAUAGUUUUGACCUCUUUCUUCAUUUUGCCGCAACUCCCACAAUUCGCCAAUAUAAAAGCAAGCUGCUUCACAAAAGCAGGGCAUUCAAACGAGCUAGAGUUGAACGGCAAUGGAGGGUCUCGCUUCCCUCGGAACAAUCCCCAAGGUUUCCUUUCCACCCAUUUCCUCUUCUAUUCGCAGGUCCAAGUUUCUCUCCAGAAGGCUGAAUCGUCGGCCUUCAAUGGAUGCUUUGUCGAGGAAUUCAAUCUCUGUUGCCUCUUCUUCUUCCCCCAUUUCCCCUGCCAUCCGAGCUCAACAGACAGAAUCCGAGGCUGGAUCAGCUGCGGCUUCCCCAGUUAAUGAACCAAAAGAAAAUGAUCUGAAAGUGAAGGAGUGGGAAGUGGGGAUGUUCCAAGAUGAAGUAGCAGCAAGUCAAGGCAUAAGGAUUCGCCGCCGGCCGCCCACCGGGCCGCCAUUGCAUUACGUUGGACCUUUUCAGUUCAGAUUACAGAAUGAAGGGAACACUCCUAGGAAUAUUUUGGAGGAGAUCAUAUGGUACAAGGACAAGGAAGUUUCACAGAUGAAAGAAAGAAGGCCUCUCUUUUCGUUGAAAAAGGAUCUUGACAGCGCCCCUCCUGCUAGAGAUUUCCUUGGAGCUCUCAAGGCUGCCUAUGUUAGAACUAACUUACCUGGUUUGAUUGCUGAAGUGAAAAAGGCUUCACCUAGCAGAGGAGUUCUAAGGGAGGAUUUUGAUCCAGUUGAGAUUGCCCAAGCGUACGAGAAAGGCGGAGCAGCAUGCCUUAGUGUUCUCACAGACGAGAAGUUUUUUCAGGGAAGCUUUGAGAAUCUGCAGAAGAUAAGGAAUGCCGGAGUGGAGUGCCCUCUCUUGUGCAAGGAGUUCGUGGUCGAUGCAUGGCAGAUCUACUAUGCUCGAUCCAAAGGUGCCGAUGCCAUUCUUUUGAUUGCUGCUGUUUUGCCUGAUCUCGACAUUAAAUAUAUGACUAAAAUCUGCAAGAUGGUCGGUUUGACCCCCCUCGUUGAGGUUCACGACGAGAAGGAAAUGGACCGUAUGCUUGCGAUCGAAGGCAUUGAGCUUAUUGGCAUCAACAAUCGGAAUCUCGAAACAUUCGAGGUCGAUAUCAGCAACACAAAAAAGCUUCUCGAAGGAGAGCGCGGACAAAAGAUCCGUGAAAAGAACAUAACCAUAGUGGGAGAAUCUGGGCUGUUCACUCCUGAUGAUAUUGCUUAUGUGCAAGAAGCUGGUGUUAAAGCUGUUCUCGUUGGCGAGUCGAUUGUGAAACAGAGCGACCCGACGAAGGGAAUAGCCGGGCUUUUUGGCAAAGAUAUUUCUGCUUAAAGCUUUUAGGAAACUUGAAACUGCUGUAUGUUGAACAGGUUUUGAUACCCAUUUGGCUCUGAUCUUAUGAACCUAUGGUAUUGAGUUGGAACUGAUUAGAUCCCAAAAUGGGAAAAUAAAGCUCAAGCUAUAUAUUUAUACCAUAA